CCGCUCAGACCGUUGAUGGCGUUCGCUGGAACCGCUUGGCACACGUCGCGUUACUUGGCCGCCAGCGCGAUUUAAACCGCCAAUUGACAAAGUGCGUUUUGUACCCCACUUUCCAGCCCCGUCACCCCCCAAAAAGAAUGUGUGUGAUUGUUCUUUAUAGGUGUUUAGAUGUUUACCAUAAUACCAAGAAAAGUACAAAAUACAUGGCCACACUAACUUAACUCAUCGCAUUUAUUUUCAUUUGUGUGUGUGUAGUGGUUUUUCCAUUGUUUUUGUUCAAGUGCCUAAUGCUUAAUGGGGCGCCAUCCAUUUCCGCAUUUACAAAGGGAGUGCAUGAUAAUAAUUAUUACUCAAAACUGUAACGAAAUGCAAAUUAAUUACAAAUAAUCGAAUUAAAUAAUUUCGUUAUUUGGCGGUUCCGCGCUAAUAGUUUCCUGCACAACUACAAUAGCAGUUGCGAUCACAAUAAUAAUAACGAAAACAACACCUUUGGCCAAACUGGUCGGAAAAAAUUGUUGCAAAAGUGUUUUUUCUUUUUUAAUUUUUGUUUUGCGUUGCAUGUGGCAGCAAAAGCAGAAACUGCACAGCUAUCCUGCACUCAAAAUUUUACUUAUUGCAGUUGCUGCUACCUAACAAAAUCAUUUUUAUGCUCAUGACUUUAUGCGAACCGAUAAGAGCAAAUAAAUGCUAAACCAAAUAAACAAGGCAGCAGGAACGGCAACAAAAUAAGCUUCUUUGGCUUAAACACAACAGUCGCAAGUUAAUAAUAAUACUUUUAUUUUAGUGAAAAACGAAUUAUUUGGUAAUCAAAGUUAUUAUUGCUUUUUGUAAUUACAUUUAAGAGGUAAAAUAUUGAGCGAAAUGGAAAAGUCUUUCUUUGUGUGAGGCUUUGGAUAGGUAUAUGUUAGUCUUUUUCUGUGAGCCAGACUUGCUUUUGAACCGAAAAGAAAACAAAACAAAUCUUAAGCCUGAUCUUAGUUUCCACUCAAAGUCCGAAAGUGAAGUUUCACUUUGCAGUUUUCAUUGCUAGUGUUGUUGUUUUGCAGCUUCGGCGACGAAUUUACUGAUAGAAAGGUAAUUCCUAAUAACAUACUUGCUUUUGUAAAACGCACCAAGAAGACAAAAGAUAAAAUAUGACAAUGUCGAGGAAAUUAAGCAGCCACAUAUGGCGGAGCAGCAGACAAAAAAAAAUAUUAACGUUAUGGGGAAACACAUCGAGAAAAUCAGCAGAUUCACCAAACCCAACCAUCAGCAGAGCACUUUCAUCAAAUAACUUAGUUAUCUGCGGCUGUCUGAUAGUAAUCUUCAUUGCAUCUGUAACCACGGCCAAAGCACCGGAUCAGGAAGCUAUCCAUAAAAAAAAUGACGAAUUUCCGGAAGAGGACAGCGACAUGCUGAUGGAGCCAAAUGAUUUUUCGCCAAUCACUGUACUAAAAUCGCAUGAACAACACUUCCAUAUGGCGCCCACAACGCAACUUCAGCCACAAAUCCAGACCAGAAUUCAUCCUAGAGUUCAACCCAGGAAAUUUCAAUCCGCGGCUCAACAAAAUGCCGAUGGGGAGGAGCCAUUCCGACCCAUAGCCAAUCCAAAUACAAAAGUGGUUGGGGAUUCCCAUACGCAGGCUGCGCAAAAUUUUUAUCCACCAUUCUACCAUGAGGCUCCUCCAUUGGGCCAUUCCAGACCCUAUUUCGGCCACGGCCCGCCUGUAUCGGAAACAACUCCAUUAUCCCUGCCCCUUCCACUCUUGGCAACCCAACAACAACAGCCAGCACCACAUCAGCGGACUUUCGAUGCCAGUAUACUUGGAAGUGGGGAUUUUGGUGUGCUCAGAGGUGGAACCUUCUAUCCGGAGGAGGAAAUGCCCUAUCACCCCGAAGAUAACAGCGACUACAUCUAUGGAGACGCCAACAAUGGACACGGUCGUCCAUCCGAGGGAUUUGUCCAGAAGUACACAUAUCCAGAGGAGCAGUUCGCCAAUUUCCGCGACUUUGCCGAUAUCAACACGCCCGCUGAUACGGCAUUUUCGCAAUUUGUGGUGGUCUAUGCAGCCAAAAAUGCCACUGCACCGCAUUCACAUCCGCAUCCCAAAAACAUAUUUGAGCAGUUGGAGCAGCUAGACAGGGAAAAAGAGCUGAAAAAGACCGAAUUCGAGGAAAAAACCUCUUCGAAAAUAAAGUCGAAACUGUCUAAGACAAAACUGCAGAAGAAAUACCGCAAAAAGGCAGCUCCCAAAGUCCAGGAUCCUCAAGAAAUAGAACCUUUAUUAGCUCUGAGUUAAGCGUCAAACCUAAAAGAAAAGCCUAAAAAGCAAGCACCCAAACUUUCGAUUACCGUUGUUAGUUUUAUUUAUUAUAUAUCGAGAUAAAUGCAAGCCACAACAAAAUGUAAUAGCCACCCCAAAUUCCAUGUCAACAAAUGCAAGCACUUUACCGUAACAUAUA